CUCCCCUUACUAAAACCCCUUCCCCUCCAUUGCUCUCCUCACUCACUUCCGAACUUCCUCUCCAUAAUCCUCUCUAUCUAUCUUGAUCUCACUUUCAUUCUCUGUUUCUGUCUGUUUCUGGAGAAACCCAGAAACAGAAUCCACAUUUUAAGCUAUAUUUACAGGGGUACUUACAUAUAUCUUAACUGUGUCACUAACUCCAAUGGGUGACUCACAGAACUCAGAGAACGAGUUCCUUCUCUCUCAGUCUUCAUCAUCCUCCUCCGGGGUGUCCAAUCCGAUACCCAAGUCAGCCGCGAAGAAAUCUAGCGAAACAGAGACGAAUCGCUCGAAACGUCCGAGGGACAGUAGUCUGCAUCCGGCCUACAGGGGGGUUCGAAUGCGGACUUGGGGGAAAUGGGUGUCAGAAAUCCGGGAGCCCCGGAAGAAGAACCGGAUCUGGUUGGGCACCUUCGCCACCCCCGAAAUGGCAGCACGCGCCCACGACGUAGCCGCACUUAGCAUCAAGGGCGACUCUGCUAUCCUCAACUUCCCCGAGCUCGCCGGGUCCUUGCCCCGACCGGCAUCCAACUCGCCCCGAGACGUCCAGGCCGCCGCAGCGAAAGCUGCCACAAUGGAGUUCUUAAGCGACGGGUCACAUUCCUCAUCACUAUCUUCCUCAUCAACAUCCACAUCAUCAGUAGCAUCCAACAGCGACGACGCGUCAACGCCGGAGGAGCUGAGCGAGAUAGUGAAGUUGCCGAGUCUGGGUACGAGCUACGAAUUGACCGAGUCAGGAACCGAUUUUGUGUUCGCCGACUCGGUGGAAGGAUGGCUGUAUCCGAGCGGACUACCGUGGUACUACGAGGAGCAUUGCGGUUAUUUUGGCGAGGAAGAAAAUAUCAUCCCAGCUGGGUUUGGACCUUCAUUUUGGGAUAUCAUUAAUCCAUAAAUCAUAAUCUCCUCUGUUUUUUGCCUCUUUACAAAACUCUAUCUAAUUUUGGGGAACAAGACCAUCACAUUUACAAUUUUAAUAUAUUUUUUCUCUCAAUUGUUUAAAAUUAUGAAAGCCCAUUUUCAAUUUCUCUUUAAUAAGUUUGCAGGAGAAAGUUAGUGAUUAUCAAUUGAACUAUGUUCAUCAUUUUACGGUUUUCGAUGCAGUGUUAUUAUAAUAAUUUUUUUAUGAAAGAGCCAAAAGGAAGGAAUACCUUCCUUGCAUCUCAAGAAGUAUGUAUGAUUUGGGGGGAAAGGAGUGGUCCAAAACCUCUUACAAAGUGGCCAAAAUCUCAGUCAUUUUGGAGCAUAUGGCUGAUAAUUUUUUUUUCUUUUGGGGUAAAAAGAAGUGAAUAAAACUGCUGGUUGAUUUUGAUUGUGUGGUCAACUUUUACUUUCUGGGGAGGAAAGAGAAUAAUGGAGACAGUAAAAAAGUGAUUCAAAGACUUGGAGAACAAUCAAGUGUCCUCAAUAAGAUGGUUAAAAAGGGUAAUAAGAAAUUGGGUCCAUUCUCUCGCCCCCUUGUGUUCAUCUCUGUUUUGGUGUUGCUUUUCUUGCUGUGUAUAUCUCUUUCUCUGCUUAGAGCAUAGCUUUUAGAUAACUCAUGAAAUGGGAAAAUGAAGAUUCAAAGGUACU